AUGGACAAUAGGGGUUUACAAAGUGACGGACCCCCGGAGCAUACAACAGCUCCUACUACCAAAUUAUCACAUAUGCGAAAUGAUUCAACUGUUGAUCUAUGGGCUACUGUUGAUAGAUCUCGUCUUGAGCAAGAUGUUCAUAUUAUUCCACUUCAAGAACUUUACAAUCGUUAUCAUACUGAUCCACGUACUGGUUUAACAAGUGGUGCUGUACCUGAUGCACGUGCUCAGUAUGGUGAUAAUAAACUUGAACCACCUAAACAACCAUCUUACAUAUGGUUGUUAUUCAAAGAAUUAUUUAUGGGAUUCAAUAUUAUACUUUGGGUGGCUGGUAUUCUCGCUUUUCUUGCUUAUAAACCAUUUGGUGAACCUGAUCCACAAAUAGCAAAUUUAGCGUUAGGUGUAGUACUUUUACUUGUCAUUACUUGCAAUUCAGCUCUUAAUGUAUAUCAACAACUUAAAUCAAUUAAAAUUGUAGCAGCAUUUUCAAAACUAUUACCAACAUUAGCCACUGUUCGUCGAGAUGGACGAGAACAACAAAUUGUUACUGAUGAAAUUGUUCCAGGUGAUAUCAUUCUUGUUCGAAUGGGUGACAAACUACCUGCUGAUUGUCGAUUUAUUUCAUGUGAUGGUGUCAAGGUAGGAUUGAAAUUUGUGUUAAUUCGGUCAAUCCGGCCGACGGAUUUUGCGCCGACAAAUGCCGGAUUUGUCCGGUUCACAGGAGGUUUUUAUGGGAUCUUUCCAGAUUUUGGUGAGACCGAUCGAUUCUGGGCAUCGAAUAUCGGUGGUGUAGUGUCCGAUGAUUUCCGUACCGGACUAUAG